UACAACAGAAUUUCCAAGGUUGGACUAAAAAUUAAAACCUAACCUAUAAAUAAUAUUCUAACCUCAAAAGCAUGUGUAUAGUAAAUUUAAUAAUUCUCUAUUAUUAUUAAUAGCCCUACCUUAUUUACUAAUUGAGAUUUUUUAUUGAGUUCAUGCUUUUAGAGUUUCACAUGAAAUUAAGCUAAUGACCGUAUAUCACGACGAGAUAGAGAUUGAAGAUUUCGAAUACGAUGAAGAUGAUGAAGUCUACUACUAUCCUUGUCCAUGCGGGGAUAGAUUUCAAAUUACAAAGGCUGAACUGAAGGAAGGGGAAGAGGAAGCCACUUGUCCAAGCUGUUCACUGGUUGUCAGGGUAAUCUACAACCCUGAGGAUUUCUUAGAUGAGGACAAGGACAAGCAGAAAGAGCCCGACAAGAAGAAAGAGUUAGCGGUGAACUAGAGCGAAGAUGGCGGGUCGCGGACGAGGCAUGUCGUUCAGCGUGGACCAGCUAGGUCUGCUGCCAGGCGAGAUGCUUCCAGGUCCCGUUCUGCAGCCACCGCCUCUGUUUCCGCCGCUAGAGUUCGCUGCGGCCGCACCCUCCGCCAAGCCGGCACACCUGGCGUUUCGUGCCGCACUCAUCACCCAUCUGCGCGCCACUGGUGUGUUUGUGGCGGCCGACGCGCAGCCGCAGGGCAUCGUUGCCGCAGGGCACCCCCAACACACGCCGGCCGAGGCGCCGCUAACUCUGGACUGGACGCUGUUUCCCGCCGAACUGUGUCCCGCCGCCAAGGGCGUCAAGCGACCGGCGCCGGCGCCCUCCACUAGCAAACGGCCCGUCAAGCAUGUCACUCUGCUUCUGGACGAAUUGGAGAAGAAAGAGGUGAAAGAGGAAGACGAUGAUGAGGGAAAAGGUGCCGAGAGCAGUGCAAAACCCAAGGAAGGAGAAGGAGAAGAGGGAGGCAACGAAGGCGAAAGGGGAGAUGAAGAAGAGGAUGGUGGAGAAUGGGAGGAUGCCGAUGAAGAGAUGGAUGAUGGAACCGAUUACAAUCAGAACUAUUUCGACAACGGAGAGGGCUACCUAGAUGAUUCUGAUGACAAUCUCGAUGAUGGACCUAUCUACUGAGUUUGUUGAAACGCCAGGCGGUUUGCAUGAAUCUUCAAAAAAAGAAGAUAACCAUGUUUGUAUUGUUCACAAGAUUUUCCUUAAUAGGUGUUAUCAAUUAACGGUUUUAUCAGUGGGUGUAUUCUGUGAUAUUAAUGGACUCAUUUAAAUUCAGAAAAAAGUUAUUUUCAACUGUGGCGCCCAUUUUCUAUUCUAGUUUUGAAAAGUUAUCCAUUUCUUUGUAAACUGAAUUUACAAAUAAAAAUGAUUAAACAUUAAAAA